AAUUCGUUCUUUUCUCCGUGUGUGACUAUUUCGGUUAAAUUGAUCAAAAAAGCAUAUUUUAAAUUAGAAUUGUGGUUUUAAAUCGAAGAUUAAAUAUUGUCGGUGUGUUUCGUGGAUUUUGCCUUUUUCUUAAUACAGAUUUUCGGAUAUUCGUCUUCAAAAAGAUCUAAAAGAUGUUGCAAGGAUCAGGGGCACGGUGUGUCAAGUACACCCUCUAUUUCCUCAAUGUUAUCUUCUUUAUAAUGGGCGUGGCAUCCAUUGGCAUUGGAGUCUUCCUAUUGGUGGACGAAGAGCACAUGACAAACAUGGUUACGUUUACCAUUUCCGGUGACAAUCCAGAGACCAGUGAUCCUGGAUUGCUCUUCAGCAUCUGCAUUAUCUUCAUCGUCAUUGGAGCUCUACUGGUUCUUCUCUCCUUUUUCGGAUGUCUUGGUACCAUGAAAGAGAUCAGGUGUCUUCUGGCUCUGUAUUUAGGAUUACUGUUCAUGGUGUUUGUCGUACAGAUCGCUGUCUUGGCUCUAUCAAUUGUCUUUCACAUGAGGGUGACAGAAACACUGGAGAGCUCACUGUAUUCAAAUCUUAAACUAUCGUAUGAUAACUACUAUAAUACAUCUGAUGUGUUUACAAGAGGUUUCGACUACAGCAUGGUAUAUUUUGAAUGUUGUGGUAUCAGAAAUUAUACAGAAUUUCAAAAGAGAGAGCUUGUCCCCAAAUGGUCGCAUUUCAACUCGCAACUUGUUCCUGCCCACUGUUGCAAGCUCAAUAAAGAAGCUUUUUAUACUGAAAGGUUGAUGCGACUUGAGGAAUCGUCGUGUCCGACCAAACUUUUAGCUAGCAACAUAGAUACGCCAUGUUAUGACAAGAUUUUGGACUGGAACACGUUACGUUCUACAAUGUUGAUCGCUGUUGCGGCCGUCACACUUGCGUUUGAGUUAAUUGGUAUGAUGCUGACAUGUUGUUUGAUUAGCUGUAUUAAAAACAUUUAUAACGAAACAUAAACCUUGCUGGCAGUUUAAAAUUACAUUGCGUCAAAUUGCAAGGAUUUGAAUAUUUUGACGCAUUGCACAGUAUUUUUCAAAAGGAUGUAUUAUUUUGCAAAGACAUUGGAUGCAAGCCGUAUCUGCAAUACAGAUAAUUGUAUAUAUAUCAGUAGAGAGAAUGUUUCUUUGAAUGUAUGAUAAUAUGUGACGACAAAGUGUAAGCCAAGAUGCUGAUCUUACACUAUCAAAGACAAAGUGAUUGUGCCAAAAAUUGCCUUUUAAUGGAAUUUUAAGAAUUUCUUGAGGAUUAAUAUUAUAUUCAUGCUUUGUUUGUAAUUAUUAUAACGUUUUUAAAUUAUGGAUGUGGUUUGCCUGUGCACGGAUCACCAAUAAUCAAAUAUUAUAUAUAAUCGAACCAACUUUGAUAAAUCGAGAUGUGCUCGAAUAUACACGUAAUUGUGGCCAGUAAAUGAAUGAAUUAUAUUAUUGUUAUGUUAUUAUGUACUUGUAUAUAUAUGGGUUUUGUUAUUGUGUAUAUAUAUGGGUUUUGUUACUUGGUUAUGAAUAAACUAAAUUGGUGUUUA